AUGUUCCAGUCCAUCGCGAGUAAUAUGAUUGAUAAGGGACGAAAGGAGCACCCCGACGAGCCGUAUUAUAUAAACAACGAUGUCGGUACUCAAGUAAUUCUGCCAGCUCGCCUGGCCCAGGAAGUCCGUAACCACGAUGGCUUAAGCUUCGCUCAAUUCUUAAAUGAUUACUUUCAUAACGGGAUGCCCGGAUUCGAACCCUUUGUUGGUGCUGGGCGAGAGGACGAAUUGUUCCAGCGGGUGGCACGCAAGCAGCUCACCAGACUUCUGAGUGAAAUCACCCAGCCUUUGUCCGAGGAAGCAAGCUUUGCGUUAGACCUUAACUUAGGUUCAUCGACAGACUGGACGGUUUAUACAAUGGGACCUGUCGCCCUUGAUGUCAUUGCUCGAGUCACGUCAAGGAUCUUCCUCGGCGACGUCUUGUGCCGCGAUAAGGAUUGGCUAGAAAUCACCAAAAACUUCACAAUACAGGGCUUUAUAGCUACUGAGGCUUUAAAGAGAAAGCCCAAGAUGCUACGCGGUAUAUACAAUCGAUUCGACCCUAUGUGCGUAGAGCUUCGCAACACCAUUCAACGCGCCAGGGACCUGCUUGGCCCCGUUAUCGAGAAGAGGCGCAAACGCCGUGAAGAAGCUAUUGCUCGCGGCGAAAAGGUUUCUGUAAUGAACGACGCCAUUGAAUGGUUUGAGGAAGAGGCUGCUGGCAUUCCAUACGAUCCCGUCUCUAUUCAAAUGACCAUAUCUACCAGCUCCAUCCAUUCGACAACUGAUCUAUUGCUCAAAACCAUGUAUAAGAUUGCCGAGCACCCUGGCCUGGCUGAAGAGCUACGGAACGAAAUCUUGCAGGUUAUUGGGACUCGAGGUUGGAAAAAGACAACACUCCAUGAUCUCAAACUCCUUGAUAGCGUCCUCAAGGAGACACAACGUCUCGAACCUAUCUCUUCAGUUACCCUCAAUCGCUUCACUGUUAAGGAUGUAACCUUUUCUGAUGGGACCUUUAUUCCUAAAGGCGUCCGCGUCGGAACAGAUACAGGAUACCGGCUCAGCCCUGAGUACUAUGACAGUCCCCUCAAAUUCGACCCGUACCGCUUUUAUAAAUGGAGAGAUACCACCAAGGAUAGUUUGGCACAUCUCGUCAGCACCUCUCCACAGCAAAUGGGUUUUGGACAUGGCCAACACGCCUGUCCCGGUCGCUUUUUCGUCGCUAACGAGAUAAAAAUCGUCUUUGUCCAUCUGCUAUUGAAAUAUGAGUGGAAGAUAGCAGAGGGCUCCUCACACGCGACACUGACUCUUGGGCUUCAAUUGAACGCAAACCCAACUACGGAAGUGAUGUUGCGUAGACGAUCGAAGAUUGAGAUAGACAUCGAUGCAAGUUGA